AUGGCCGCCGCCGCCGCCACGACGCCGCACUCCCUCCUCCUCCAGCGCGCGGCGACCCCGGCCGCGCCGCCGAGGGCGGCCAUCGCCGCUUCCUCCCUCCGCCUCUCGGCCCGCGCCGCCAGGAUCUCGUGCGCGGCGGUGGCGGCGCCGUCCCCCGCCGCCGCGGCGGCGGCGGACGAGGCGGAGCGCGGCGUCUACAACUUCGCGGCGGGGCCCGCGACGCUGCCGCUCUCCGUCCUCAAGCGGGCGCAGGCGGAGCUGGUGGACUACCACGGCUCCGGGAUGAGCAUCAUGGAGAUGAGCCACCGCGGGAAGGAGUUCGACGCCGCCAUCAAGAAGGCCGAGGCCGACCUGCGCGCGCUCCUCGCGGUGCCCGACACCCACGCCGUGCUCUUCCUCCAGGGCGGCGCCACCACGCAGUUCGCCGCCGUCCCGCUCAACCUCUGCGCGGGCCCCACCGACCCCGCUGACUUCGUCGUGUCCGGCUCCUGGAGCGACAAGGCCUUCAAGGAGGCCAAGAAGUUCUCUGCCGCCUCCGUCGCCUGGUCGGGUAAAGACGGCAAGUACACGGCCCUCCCGCCCUUCGACGCCAUCAAGCAGAACCCCGAGGCCAGGUUCCUCCACAUCUGCUCCAACGAGACCAUCCACGGCGUCGAGUUCAAGGACUACCCGGAGCCCCGCAACAAGUCGGGCAUCCUCGUCGCCGACAUGUCCUCCAACUUCUGCUCCAAGCCCGUCGACGUCUCCCGCUUCGGCGUCAUCUACGCCGGCGCGCAGAAGAACGUCGGGCCCUCGGGCGUCACCAUCGCCAUCGUGCGCAAGGACCUCAUCGGCGCAGCGCAGCCCAUCACGCCCGUCAUGCUCGACUUCAAGACGCACGCCGACAACGCCUCCCUCUACAACACCCCGCCCUGCUUCGCCAUCUACAUCUGCGGCCUCGUCUUCGAGGACCUGCUCGCGCAGGGCGGCCUCGCCGAGGUCGAGAAGAAGAACGCGCACAAGGCCGGCAUCCUCUACGACACCAUCGACGCCAGCGGCGGCUACUACAUCUGCCCCGUCGACAAGUCGGUGCGGUCGCACAUGAACGUGCCCUUCACCCUGGCGAAGGGGCCGGACUUCGAGAAGCAGUUCAUCGCCGAGGCGGCCAAGGAGGGCAUGGUGCAGCUCAAGGGGCACAGGUCGGUCGGUGGCGUCCGCGCCUCCAUCUACAAUGCCAUGCCGCUCGCCGGCGUGGAGAAGCUUGUCGCCUUCAUGAAGGACUUCCAAGCUAGGAACCCUUGA